UCCACCACCGCUCCUCAAGCACCCAGCCAUGUCGCGCACCGCCGAGCAGGCGCCGCUUCUGGCGCAGCAGAGCCGCGAUGCUCAGCCGCGCUACGGCGCAGCGCAGCCCGAGGGCGCCGCCGAGCCCGGCUCCGCCUCCGAGCCCGCUCCCUCGGCGCACGGCGAGACGGACGUGCCGUUCCCGCCGCUGCGCGUGCUGCUGCCGCUGCUCUUCACCAUCUGGGUGCCCGUGUUUGCCGCCUCGCUCGACGGCACCGUCGUCGCCACGCUCGUCGGUAGCAUUGCCAGCGACUUUGAGGCCAGCGAGCAGGCCGCGUGGCUCGGCAGCAGCUAUCUGCUGAGCGUGUGCUGCUUCACGCCGAUCUACGGGCGGCUGUGCGACAUCAUCGGCCGGCGUCGCGCGCUGCUCACGGCGCUCACCUUCUUCGUGACGGGCACGUUCGGCUGCGGCGUGGCGCAGAGCAUGGGUCAGCUCAUCGCGGCCCGCGGUCUCGCCGGCGUCGGCGGCGGCGGCCUGGCAGUGGUCAACAGCACGAUCAUGAGCGAUGUGAUCCCGCUGCGGCAUCGCGGCCUCAUGCAGGGCCUGACCAACAUCAUCUUCGGCCUGGGCAGCGGCCUUGGCGGACCCGUCGGCGGCUUUGCCAACGACAAGCUGGGCUGGCGCAGCGCGUUCAUGCUGCAAAUGCCGAUCCUCGGCGUGGCCCUCGUUGCGGCCCUGUUCGUACCGCUGAGCCCGCCAAACCAGCCCCCCAAGCCGUCGCCGCUGGCCGGCCUCGGCUGGACGGACAAGCUGCUGCUCAUCGACGGCCUCGGCUCGCUCUUUCUCGUCGGCACCGUCGGCAGCUCGCUGAUCUCGCUCUCGCUCAUGUCGGCGCAGGACCUGAGCUUCAGCGAGCCGGUGGUGUGGGGCGGCCUAGUCGCGGGCGCCGCGAGUGCCGUCGCGUUUGUGUGCGUCGAGCUGUGGGUCGCGCGCAAGCCCAUUCUGCCGAUCCCGCUGCUGCUGCAGCGCACCGGCGGCAGUGUCGCGCUGGCCAACUUUGCCUUGGCCGUCAUGUCGUUUGCGCUGCUGUACAACUUUCCGCUUUGGUUCCAGGCCGUGAAGCUGCAGUCGGCCUCUGAGGCGGGCCUGCACCUGAUCCCCAACUCGAUCGGCCUCAGCGUCUCGUCUGUCACGGCGGGCCUGUACAUGCGCUGGCGCGGCGUCUACUGGGCAUACAACCUCGUCCACGCGGGCCUGAUGCUGGGCGGCUCGCUCAUCGUGCUCAGCUUCACCGCGGGCACGCCGGAGUGGCUGACGUAUGCUGGCAUCGUGCCGAGCGGCGUGGGCGUGUCGGGCGUGCUCACCUGCACGCUGAUCGCGCUCAUCAACUCGGUGCCGCGCGAGGACAUUGCGGUCGCCACGGCCAUGUCGUAUCUCUUCCGCACGUCGGGCCAGGUCGUCGGCGUGGCGCUCUCCGGCGCGAUACUGCAGGCGAAGCUACGCACCGAGCUGGAGAAGCGCAUCUCAGGCCCCGAUGCCGCCAAGACGAUCGCCGCGAUCCGGCAUCAGUCGUCGAUCAUCCCCACGCUGCCGGCGCACGAGCGCGCCGCGGCCGUGGCGGCGUACGCCGUGGCGCUGCGCUGGGUCUUCGGCUUCGUCGCCGCCGCCGCGCUCGUGACGCUGCUCAGCUGCAUCACCAUCGAGAACCGCACGCUGCCGGAGCACACUAAGAGCAGCACGGACGACGCAGAGCAGCCUGCCGAUGCAGAGGAUUGACGCGCGAUGCAUUGUCAUGGGAGAGCAAUUGAUCACCACUGCACCAGGCGUUGCACUCGCUGGGCCUGCGCCGCGA